AAUCCCCUUCUCUUUCAAAAUAAACUACUUAGCGUCACCGCAAAUAGCACACCAUACUCUUCUACCAUAUAAGUUACAAGACCUACACCAUGAACCCUCUCAGCCCCUCUCCCCAGCCACAAAACGAGGAUGAAAAGCAACAGCAACAAUCCUACUAUGACUGGCUUCGUGAACAGUACAACAUCCAAUACGAAAAAUGGUAUCCCUGGAUCGAGGACCAGUAUCUGAAGUGGUUCGGAAAGGGCGAUAAUAAAGCUUCUUAUGUUACUAAGGACACGCUCAAUAAAUCCAAGGUGACUGGAAUCAAACAGGUGGAUCAGCUACAGGACGAUGUGCAUGAUCUAGUUGGAAACCAGCUCGGUGAUAACGGGUUGCUUUCGCCUGUGGGCAAGGUGAUCUCGAAAGAGGGGAUUAAUCGGGCGGAGAGGAAGGGGAAGGAUGAGGAGGGGAGAUACGGGUUUGGUGGUUUUGGUAUUGCCGGGAGAUGAUUUAUGAUUCUGGGAUGGAAACGCUGGUGAGGCAAAUUGUACGAUAUUGUUGUGGAGGAUAUACCUUGGUUUUGUUAUUUUAGGUUUACUUAAUGUUAUAAGUUAUACUUGUAUCUAUACCUGCUUUGUUCACUGCACAUGAUAUCC